AAUAUGAUAUUAGGGUUAAUAUUUUUCAGAGUCCAAAUAGGAAUCGGGCGGACCUCACCUCACCUCACCAUUAAGAAUCAUCGAUACUAGGGUUUUUCUCCAAAUCUUGGCGAACUGGUGUAGCGGCGGCUGAUUUUCCUCUAUCAUCAGUGCUCAGGAUGGAUUCCCAGGUGAAGCUUGCAGUUGUUGUGAAGGUGAUUGGUCGAACAGGGUCCAGAGGUCAGGUGACCCAGGUGAGGGUCAAGUUUCUGGAUGACCAGAACCGACUCAUUAUGAGGAAUGUGAAGGGACCUGUCAGGGAGGGAGAUAUCCUCACCCUGUUAGAGUCCGAAAGAGAAGCGAGGAGGUUGCGAUGAGUACUGGUUCUUCGGUAUUAGGAUUUAAUUUCUCUUUAUACUGUCUUAGCCUUGCUAGGGUUUAGAUGGUAUUUUUGUGGUUAUGGAAAUACUUGGCAAUUGAAUCUUCACAGUACUGUUUUGAAAUUGUAGCGAGGAUGGACCUGUAAGAGGGUGACUGUUUUUUUGAUGAAUUGCUAUUAUCUCUUCCCUUA